AUGCAGAGUGAUGUUUUAAACGAACAACAACAACAACAACAACUAUCGAACGAUACUGAUUGUUCAUCUUCGUUGUCAACAACUACUGCGACAACAUUAAUUUAUUCGGGUUUAAAAUUGCAUCCAAAACCACUUGUACCUACAAUAUCAAUGCCCGGCGUGGCAAGUCCAUUAUCAAUUGUUAAAAAAUUAUCACUCCCUGAUUCACAUCUAGACAAUUCAAAUAAUAAUGUUCGACAUGCAUCAUCAUCAAAUCCUACAACAACAACAACAACACCAUCAUCUAUUCGUCUUGUUACAUCAACAGGUAAAUCAUCACCGCCAACAAAUUUACAAUUUCAAUUAACUGAUAAAUCAUCAUCAUCAACAACAACAAAUGGAGGUUUUUCAACAUCAAAAACUUAUAUAUUAAAUCCUCAACAGAGCAGUACAACAACAGUAAAUAAACAACAAAUACUUACAAAUUCAACAUCAUCAUCAUCUUUAUUAACAUUAAUACCACCAGGUACAACAUCACCGAAAAUUCAAACAUUAAAUAGUGUUACAAUAUCAUCAACAAAUGAUAUAUCAACAACAACUGAUAAAUUAUCAUCAUCAAAUACAAAUCAAUCGGUUUUUCUAUCAAAAAAUCGUGUUACACUUGUACAACCAUUAAUAACAAAUACAACACCAUCAUCAUCAUCAUCAUCAACAACGACAACAACAACAAAUUCAUCAAAUAAUGUUAAACAAACGAAUAAUGUUACACCUAAAUUAGUUAUUCAACAAAAUACAAAUUCAUCAACAACAAAUGCAAAUUUUUGGCAACAACAACAACAAACACAAGCUACAAAAAUUUUUUCGAUACCACCAUCAUCUAUUCUACCGACAGCUAAAAUGCUUUCUCGACCAGUACAAUUAAUUCCAACAUCAAUAUCAUCAUCCGAACAUCAUCCUCAUCAUCAUAUAACACAUAUUAAAAAUGAAAAAAAUGAUAAUACAAAUUCUUAUCCAAUUAGUAUGCAUUUUGGUUUAUCAUCACCAACAACAAAUGAAAAUCCUUUAACACCAUUAAAUGUUCAAGUUCCACAUCAACAUUCAUAUUCAACAAAAAAUUUUGAUUCUUCUGGACAUCAAGCUUAUAUUCAUAUGCAAUUAUUACCAUCAACAUCAAAUUCCGAAUCAAUAAAUUCAUCACAACAAUCAGUUCAAUUUACACUUCCAACAACACAUAUUUAUUCAUCAUCACCAUCAUCUGUUCUUAUAUCAACAACACAACGUUCAAUGGAUCAUAAUAAUAAUCAUCAAUCAACAACAACAAUAACAACACCAAUUAUUCGUGAAAUGCAAACCGAUGAAAAAUUAAAUGAUUCAACAAUAAUUAAAAAUUGUAAAAUUAAAUCAAAAAAAAUAUUUUAA